AUGUGCUCGUCCAGAUCCGACAAGCUUAGUCCAAUUCUCAAUCCAAGCGUCGACAGGCGUGCGGAUGGGGUUUCUCCUGGGGACUCCGGCGAGGAGGACUCUACGGGCUUCGCGACCCAUGAAACCCCAGAGGACCCCCAGGACGAGGCGACGGAUAUUUUACCACGAGAUCUUCAGCAAAAGACGGCCACAUAUGACUACGCCUUCGAGAAGUCCUUGAGCCACGCCGAGGCGAAGCUGUUCUAUCAGCAUCACCAGCUGUCGUCAGCCUCGAAGGGAGACUCACCAGCCAGCCCUAUACCCUCAGGACGCAUAGCGGUCGAUUCAUACGAUUCCAAGGUGACGACAGCUGGAACCAGCCCUCUGCAGCAGGGCCAGGUCGCGAGGGAAUCUUCGAUGGGAGGCGACGAAUGGCACCUUGGACCCUCGUUUCCACACGACGAGGCCAGUGCAGCAGCAUUGCAGGCUCAAAACAGCCAGUUGGCCGCAGACCUCUCCGCGCGCAACCACGCUAUGCCCCUAGGUGGUGCCAAUCCCUCCGCCCACGGAGCAUAUCUCACCGCAACGCCAAAUGCGGAGGGAAAUCAAGGCUUGGGUCUGGGCAUUGGGUUGUCCCAGGGUGCAGCUGGGUUUGCGCCUGGAGGCGAUGCCGUCACAUCGGAGCUGAACGCUAUCUACCGCAAGAUUAAGGGCCUUCUUGAACGACGGUCAAAAUACAUGGCGCUGUCCCUUCAACGGUCCGAAGAUGACCCAAGAAACAAACCGGAAUGGGAAAUUUACCCUCCACCUCCCGAGCCCGCCUGGGAUGAAGGCAAGGAGUACCAGCCCGGUAAUGCUGGAGGCCCCUCUGAUCUAGUAGGCAAGAAACGUAAAAUGGGUGAGGAUAUCGGCGAAGACUUUGACAUCAAGGAACUGGAGCCCCUUCCGAAACAAUCCUCCUGGACAUAUCGUCUCGAUGGAAACAGCGUUUAUCAAGUAUAUGAGUCGGAGACGGCUGCAGAUCAACAAGAACCUUUGGUGCAAAUUCCUUCUCUGCGUGACUUCUAUAUGGAUCUGGACGCCGUGGUAGAUGUGUCCACCGACGGGCCCACCAAAAGUUUCGCCUUCAAGCGUCUGUCGUAUUUGGAGGGCAAGUUCCAACUCUACGCACUACUCAACGAGUACCAGGAAAUCGCGGACAGCAAGAAAGUGCCGCAUCGUGACUUCUACAAUGUGCGCAAAGUGGACACUCACGUCCAUCACUCGGCUUGCAUGAACCAGAAACAUCUCCUUCGCUUCAUCAAAAGCAAAAUGCGCAAAUCUCCCGAUGAAGUGGUCCUCUUUCGAGAUGGAAAGCAUCUCACGCUGCGCGAGGUCUUUGAAAGUAUCAACCUGACGGCCUAUGACUUGAGUAUUGAUACUCUAGAUAUGCAUGCCCACACCGAUUCAUUCCAUCGGUUCGACAAAUUCAACCUCAAAUAUAACCCGGUUGGUGAAUCCCGCCUCCGCGAAAUCUUUUUGAAGACCGACAACUACAUCAAGGGUCGGUAUUUGGCGGAAAUCACCAAGGAGGUAAUCUCGGACCUGGAAUCCAGCAAGUACCAAAUGGUUGAAUGGCGAAUUUCGAUCUAUGGACGAUCCAUUCAGGAAUGGGAUAAGCUUGCUGCCUGGGUGGUAGACAACAAGCUGUUCUCCCCCAAUGUUCGAUGGCUGAUCCAGGUUCCUCGCCUGUACGACGUGUACAAGUCGAGCGGGAUGAUGGAGAACUUCGAGCAGGUCAUCACGAACGUGUUCCAGCCAUUGUUUGAAGUGACCAAGGACCCCUCCAGUCACCCUAAGCUUCAUGUCUUCCUUCAACGAGUGGUCGGAUUCGAUAGUGUCGACGAUGAGAGCAAGGCGGAGCGCCGAUUCUACCGCAAGUAUCCCAUUCCCCGCGAGUGGGGUACCAAGCAGAAUCCGCCUUACAGCUAUUGGAUCUACUUCAUGUUUGCCAAUAUUGCUUCUCUCAACAAUUGGCGCCAGCGCCGAGGAUUCAACACUUUCGUCCUUCGGCCGCACUGCGGUGAGGCUGGUGAUCCCGAUCAUCUGGCCGUCGGCUUCCUGUGCUGCCACAGCAUCAGCCAUGGAAUCCUGUUGCGCAAGGUGCCUCUCCUGCAAUAUCUCUACUACCUGGACCAGAUCGGCAUCGCCAUGUCACCCCUCAGUAACAACGCAUUGUUCUUGACGUACGACAAGAACCCGUGUGCCAGCUUCUUCAAGCGUGGGCUCAACGUGUCCUUGUCCACCGAUGAUCCUCUGCAGUUUGCUUUCACAAAAGAGCCUCUGAUUGAGGAAUAUUCGGUAGCUGCCCAGAUCUACAAGUUCAGCGCGGUCGAUAUGUGUGAGCUCGCGAAGCACUCCGUCGAUCAAAGUGGAUUUGAACUGUCUUUGAAGAAGAGAUGGCUGGGCUCGAACUGCGGUUCCCCUGGCGUGGCUGGCAACAAUGUGGCGAAGAGCAAUGUGCCUGACAUUCGAGAGGCAUUCCGGCAUGAAACUCUGCUCGCAGAACUUUCCCUGAUCGAGCGCUAUUCUCAAGGCUCGGUCACGGAUGAGCGAAAUGCUCUGGCUCCCGGUUUACUCCACACCGCUAAUCAGGCAGCUUUGAAGCCUACAUACUCGCCAUCAUCCAAGAAUGGUGCUACGUCCCUAGCCUAA